GGUCACAUACGUGUAGCCGAGGAUACGAAUGUCAGCGAUGAACGGUGUUCGCGCCAUCGUAGUCCGCCUCCUCGAACGUCUGCCAGUCGAGAACGUAGAGGUUCGAGAGGGCGACUUUCAGAUGCUGGUCCUCGUCUCGGCCGAGCAGGUAGUCCCAUGCCAUCCAAAGUUUUCACCAGUAGUGACGAAGAAGAGCCAACAAAACCAUCACAUCCUCAACGGGGAUGGCUCAGCGACGACUACGGCAUGCGUAAACACCCGGCUCAUCCACCUGUCCCUCAUAUCUCUACGUCGGCUCGUCAAGAUCCCGCUGCUCACUCUGUCCCCAUGGCUCGAUCUCAGUCAUUAGCUGAACAAGGCGUGCGAGGCUUUUUACGUCGAGCUUCCGAGCAUAUACCGGGCUUCAAACGAUCCGACCCCGCACCUCCCCCCGAAAAUGACAAAACGACCGGCUCUGUUCCACUUGUUGCGCAGUCUACCUGUCCUCCUCAAGUGGAUGCUACCCCGGCGACCGCUUCCUCGCACGUCAACUCGACAGAUCUUGUGCAUCAGCUGGAAUUGACGCUCUCGCUGGGUCGCCCAGUCGACCUCGCCCGGUCCCGAUCGCUUGGUGCCAAGGUUAGCUUCAAGGAUCCAGCGGGCGGAAGGGGUCAUGAAAUGCGAAGUCACGGAUAGAGUUGUGGAUGAUAUUAGACAUUGUAUAUGCGCUGGAGAGCAGAGGGAUUGAAACUCGUGUAGCCAUGUAGCUGAUAUUUAUGAACCUCUGCAUGCAUUUGAAACAAACGAGUGGCUAGC